CGUGAGAAGCGAAGCGAAGCGGCGUCGUGGAUCCCGCCCACCGGCGCCCGGCGGCCCUCCGAUCCGCUCCCUUUGUGUUCGUGCGCAUCCGGUCCGAAUGAUGACGCGAAAAAAGAAAAGAAAAGAAAAAAAGGAAAGAAAGACAAGAGGCGAAACUCCUCAUGAGCGCACCCCUACAAUAUAGUCGGGGGGUUUUAUGAAUGUGCGGAUAUUGGUGACAGAUGCGUGAAGCUGAUCGCCUGCAUUUGGAGAUACUUGAACCACUCGGGAUUGUUUUAUUUCUCGCGUUCGGGGUGGGGGGCUCCGCCGCCCCUCGGUCUCUCUCACAGCCGGCUACAGUGUAUCUCCCUUUGAUCCCUGACGAUGGCCACGCCGGCUCUGUACGCCUGCACCAAGUGUAACCAGCGCUACCCGUUCGAGGAGCUUUCCCAGGGACAGCAGCUGUGUAAGGAGUGUCGGAUAGCCCACCCCAUAGUGAAGUGCACAUAUUGCAGGUCGGAGUUCCAGCAGGAGAGCAAAACAAACACAAUCUGUAAGAAGUGUGCUCAGAAUGUCAAGCAGUUUGGCACCCCCAAGCCGUGUCAGUACUGCAACGUUAUCGCCGCCUUCAUCGGCAGCAAGUGUCAACGCUGUGCCAACUCGGAGAAGAAGUACGGCCCCCCGCAGACCUGCGAGCAGUGCCGUCAGCAGUGCGCCUUCGACCGCAAGGAGGAGGGUCGCAGAAAGGUGGACGGUAAGCUUCUCUGCUGGCUCUGCACUCUGUCCUACCGCCGUGUCCUGCAGAAGGCCAAGGAGCAGCGGAAAGGCCUGGGCUCCUCGCGGGCCAACACCUCCUCCCUGAGUGAGAAGGAGCCCAGGAGCAAACAGCACCGCCGUCAUCACCAGCACCCACAUGAGCACCAGCAUCGUGGCGGCUCGCACAACCAUAAGUCAUCCUCGAUCCAGAAUGAAACCCCAAAGAAGAGACCCAACCUCGAGAUAAAGCCGUCCAGUGGGGACAGUAGUUCCAUUAGCCAAUCAGUGGACUCGGGUGGAACAGACCAUUUCAUUCUAAUCAGCCAACUGAAGGAGGAAGUGAUGUCAUUGAAGAGGUUGCUGCAACAAAGAGACCAGAUGAUACUAGAGAAGGAGAGAAAGCUGACAGAGCUGAAGGCAGACUUCCAGUACCAGGAGACCAACAUGAGGUUGAAGAUGAACAACAUGGAGAAGAUGCAUAAGGAGGCCAUGGAGCAGCAGCAGGCGAAGAACCGUGAGCUGAUGAAGCAAGUCGCCUCGCUGUCCAAAGGCAGGAAGCUGGAGAAAGGCUCGUGCACGCUGAUCUCACCGUGAGCAGGCUCGUGCACGCUGAUCUCACCGUGAGCAGGCUCGUGCACGCUGAUCUCACCGUCAGCCGGCUCGUGCACGCUGAUCUCACCGUCAGCCGGCUCGUGCACGCUGAUCUCACCGUCAGCCGGCUCGUGCACGCUGAUCUCACCGUCAGCCGGCUCGUGCACGCUGAUCUCACCGUGAGCAGGCUCGUGCACGCUGAUCUCACCGUCAGCCGGCUCGUGCACGCUGAUCUCACCGUCAGCAGGCUCGUGCACGCGACCAGCUCCCCUGCUGUGCUGCGAACGGCUCAGCCUUCACAUGCAAACACGCGACUCGUGUGCAUCACACAGACCCGCAGAGCUUUCUCUGAGAAAUGGAGCCACCGGCACAGACUUCAUAUGCAAGCUAUGAACAUAAGCUUCCAGACUCCGUCUUACAGACUGCAGUAUGGAUGCAUUUUAAAGUGUUACCCCUUUUAUAAAGAAAAGACUGAUUUCUUGUGUGUACAAUUUACAGGAUAUUAUGUUCAGAGCAAUGCAAAACUUUACUUUUUAAAUGCAAGAAAACAUUUCUGGUGGCUUGAACUCUUUCCUUGUUGUUUUCAUUUUGUAUUAUUUAUUCAGGUUUUUUCCAUCAUACCCCCCCCAUGGGCAGAUGUGCUGUUUCUCAUUUCGAGGGGGUCUGAAUAUGCAUGUGCUCGUUCUGUCUGCUGGAAAGCUGACUCGAUGUGCUGCAUGGAUGGGGUGUGCUGUUACCCUGGAAACACAGGUCACUCCUGGGUGCUAUCUGGGCGCUAGUAUCGUGGGAUGGGAGCAGGUCUCAUUUUCCUGCCCCCCCCUCCUCCAUGCAGGGUGUGACUGCGGUGCUGUGCAGAGGCCUGCCCGUUUGGCUGUGCAGAGGCCUGCCCGUUUGGCUGUGCAGAGGCCUGCCCGUUUGGCUGUGCAGAGGCCUGCCCGUUUGGCUGUGCAGAGGCCUGCCCGUUUGGCUGUGCAGAGGCCUGCCCGUUUGUGCCUUACAGCAAGACGCCAUGAGAAGUGGUCAGAGUGACUGUACCGUCCCCCCCAUCCAGGGAUGGGAGUCCCCCCCCCCCUCCCCCCCCCCCAAUCUGCAGCCAGCACCUCAGGUCAACGAGGAAGUCAACUAGUGUUUUUUUCCCGUUUAAAAUGUAUAGUAAAUGGACGUUUACAGAAUGGACUUUUAAAUUUCAGUGUUUAUAUUUUUGUAUUGUCUAUCUCUGUAGCCUGUCCUUUGUUGAAUGGAUUGGGCUGGGUGAGUCAUCUCAUGUACUGUAUGGAACCUCUUAGGCGACUUUAGAGGGACUCCACUGUAAUUUGUUUUGGUUUUUAUUUGUAAUGGAAUAUUUGUAACGACCUGUUAUUGGUGCGUAAACGCGCAGAUAUUUUAAAUUUAAGGAGAAGUUUUAAAAACGAUGCACCGGUGUGUGAAUGACAAACUCAAAUACACUUCACACUUAUUAAUUACUUACGUCCAAAAAUGAGUCUGUUGUUAAAAUCCUGAAACAAUUUAUGUGCAUACAGAAUAAUAAAGAAUACCUGUGGGUUUUUUAAGCGAAA